GAUUCCUCUCUCUCAGUCUCACUACUCUCUCUCUCUCUCCAUUAUCUCAGAAAGAAAGAAAGAGAGAGAUGAAGGGAGUAGACAUAUUCUGCGCAUCACAAGCUGCAACAUCAAUAUGCCUAAGCAUGGAGCCUAACUCCACAGCCUCUCCUUCCACCACCACCCUCCUCGGCGGCAGAAUCAUCGACCGCCACAACCCAAUCAUCAAAGACGCCAAAAGAGCUCCCAAAAAGACCAAGAAUCCCAAAACCCCUCCGAAUGAAAACGAAAACCACCCCAACAAAAUCAUCGAUUCCGCCGCCGCCGCCGCAGUGAAGAGGAGCUGGAGCUGCACCAAGCCCGGCGACUUCCUCUCUCCUCCUGGCUCCACCAGGUAUUUGUUGGGAGAGAAAGUGUGCCACAAUCCAUCAAAUCUCUCCACUGAGGAAACCUCAAACAAGGACUCUACUCUAUCUCAUUCUCCACAACAGGUUGUUGUUGUUGUGCUGAGAGUGUCUUUGCACUGCAGAGGAUGUGUCAAAAAGCUCAGGAAACAUCUCUCUAAGAUGGAAGGAGUGAAAUCUUUCGACAUAGAUUUUCUGGCGAAGAAGGUGACGGUGACCGGAAAUGUGAUGGCGUCGGAUGUUGUUGCGAGCAUAUCUAAGGUCAAGAAUGCGCAAUUAUGGCCUCCUUCGAUUGCGUCUUCCAAUCCAACGUCGGAAUUAAUCAAGAGCGAUGAUAGCAGCACAGAUGCUCCAUAAAUAUAAUUUCAAGCAGUUUUAUAUUAGUUUUAAACUGAUCUUUUAUCUUCGUAUUUCACUGCCCGAGACCACAAUGUCAAACAAAAUAAAUACGAGAUGAAUAUACAUCACUGUUUAGCUUGGGGAAUUUGAAUUGUGGAGAAGUUACAGUUCCGUUUGAUUUAUUGAAUUUUUUCUAUUUUUAAUUAGAAUUUGAAAUGUACAUGUUAGUUUAUGUAUGGUACGUUGUUUGUAAUCGCGGGGGAUUAAUUUUUGGA